ACUCCUCACAACAAUUCAUCUCACAUCUAAAACUAAUCAACCAUUCUUUCUUCUUCUCUUUACACAACAAAACAUCAUCCUAAAAAUACACAAAAUGAAACUCCUAUCUACCAAAGCAACUUGUAAUAGUCAUGGCCAAGAUUCUUCAUACUUCCUAGGUUGGGAAGAAUAUGAGAAGAAUCCUUAUGAUAAUGUUCACAAUCCCAAAGGAAUUAUUCAAAUGGGUCUAGCAGAGAAUCAACUUUCUUUUGAUCUCUUGGAAUCAUGGCUAGCUAAGAAUCCAGACGCGGCUGGAUUCAAAAGCGGAGGAAAAUCCAUAUUCCGCGAACUUGCUCUCUUCCAAGACUACCAUGGUCUUCCAUCGUUCAAAACUGCAUUGGUAGAUUUCAUGGCUGAGAUCAGAGGAAACAAGGUUACUUUUGAUCCCGACCACAUAGUUCUCACCGCAGGUUCUACUUCAGCAAACGAGACUCUUAUGUUCUGUCUCGCCGAGAAAGGAGAAGCAUUCCUCCUUCCCACUCCUUACUAUCCAGGAUUUGAUAGAGAUCUUAAAUGGAGAACUGGUGUAGAGAUUGUUCCAAUACAAUGCAAUAGCUCCAACAACUUUCAAGUUACAGAACAUGCAUUGCAACAAGCAUACCAAGAGGCACAAAACCGCAACCUUAAAGUCAAAGGAGUGAUGGUUACAAACCCGUCAAACCCGCUAGGCACCACAAUGUCAAGGAGUGAAUUAAACCUUCUCGUCGACUUCAUCGAAGAAAACAAAGACAUGCAUUUGAUAAGCGACGAGAUUUACUCCGGGACUGUUUUUACCUCUCCCAGUUUCAUCAGCGUCAUGGAAAUUCUUAACGAAAGAAACGAUCUUAAGAAUUCCAAAGACGCUGAUGAAAUAAAGGAGAGAGUUCAUGUUGUCUAUAGUCUUUCCAAGGACUUGGGUUUGCCGGGUUUCCGCGUCGGCGCUAUUUACUCCGAAAACGACACGGUUGUCGCGGCUGCCACGAAGAUGUCAAGCUUCGGUUUGAUUUCAUCGCAAACACAGUAUCUUCUCUCCGCUAUUCUUGGUGACAAAAAAUUCACCAAAAACUACUUAGCAGAAAACUCAAAGAGACUUAAAAAAAGACAGACCAAACUCGUUUCUGGUCUACAAAAAGCAGGAAUCAACUGCUUAGAAAGCAAUGCUGCAUUGUUUUGUUGGGUUGAUAUGAGGCAUCUUCUUCACUCCAACACUUUUGAAGCUGAAAUGGAGCUAUGGAAAAAGAUAGUGUACCAAGUUGGGUUGAACAUUUCACCUGGUUCAUCUUGCCAUUGUAAUGAACCAGGUUGGUUUCGUAUGUGUUUCGCUAACAUGUCGGAAGAGACUCUGAAACUAGCAAUGAAAAGGUUGAAAGCUUUCGUUGUUGAGUCCACCGGUGUUACUACUCGAAGCACAUCUCAGUCUAAGAGAAAAUCAGUACUCACUAAGUGGGUUUUUCGGUUAUCGUCUCGCGGUGAUCAUCGUGAUCAACAAGAAGAACGGUAACUGGUUCCGGUGGUGAUCGUGGUGGUCGUAGUAAUUUGUGUGAUGAGAAGUUUGAAGAAGCUAGCCAUGCACAAUAUUACACUUUUUCUUUUACUUUUUAUUAUUUUUUUCUUUUUUUGGUCUCCCCAAUUAUUUUUUGGUGGAGUAGUUCAAAAAAUGAUUAUUUUAUACUAUAUUCUAUAAGAUUGUAGAGAGAGAAAGAGAGAGAAAGCACUCUGUCCAUGUGGAUAUGAAGUGUGAUGAGAUAAGCACUUUUAGUUUGAUUUUAAG